AUGCUAUUAUCUAAAGAUGCACCUUUUAAUUUUGAUGAGAAAUGUUUUGAGUCUUUUUCUGAAAUAAAAAGAUUACUUACUGAGGCACCCAUUUUACAAGCUCCUGAUUAGUCCCUUCCUUUUGAAAUGAUGUGUGAUGUAUCGAAUUAUGCAGUGGGGGCCGUUCUAAGACAAACAAAAGAGUCAAAACCCAUAGUAAUUUCAUAUGCUAGUAAAACUAUAACCGAUGCUCAAUUAAAUUAUACCACGACUGAAAAAGAGUUGUUAGCUAUAGUAUUUUUGUUAGAAAGGUUUAGAUCAUAUAUUUUGGGAGCUAAAAUUAUUAUUUAUACUGAUCAUGCAACAUUAAAAUAUCUGUUAAAUAAGAAAGAUGCAAAGCUACGUUUAUUAAGAUGGAUUUUAUUGUUGUAGGAAUUUGACUUAGAAAUAAAAGAUAAAAAAGGUUUCGAGAAUGUUGUUACUGACCAUCUUUCUAGAUUAAGUGAUAUAGGAAUAAAUGCAGCACCUUUACAAGACGUAUUUUCGGAUGAACAAUUGAUGGCAGCUCAACAUCAACCAUCACCAUGGUAUGCACAUAUUGUUAAUUUUCUUGUUUCUGGAAAAACUCCAGACUAGUGGGAUAAGAACAGAAAACAUCAUUUCUUUUCUAAGAUUAGAAAUUAUUUUUGACAUGAUCCUGAUUUAUAUUACUUGGGCAAUGAUCAAAUUUUAAGGAGAUGUGUUCCUGAAGAAGAAUAUCAUAGCAUUAUUAACAUGUGCCAUUCAUCUAACUGUGGAGGACAUUUCUUUGGACGAAAAACAGCUACAAAAUUUUUUCAGUGUGGUUUUUAUUGGCAUACAAUCAUUAGAGAUUCUAUAGAAUUUAGUAGAAUUUCAUGCCAAUCUAUAGGUAACAUGAGUAAAAAAGAUGAAAUGCCCAUGAGUAACAUGUUAGUAGUCGAAAUUUUUGAUGUAUGGGGAAUAGAUUUCAUGGGUCCCUUCCCAUCAGCUGAAAAGUAUGAAUAUAUUUUGCUUGCUGUUGAUUAUGUGUCGAAGUGGGUGGAAGCUAUUCCUACUAGAACUAAUGAUCAUAAAAUCGUGAUGAAAUUUGUGUAGGAAAAUAUUUUUUCGAGAUUUGGAUGUCCUAGAGUGAUUAUUAGUGAUGGAGGAACACAUUUUACAAAUAAACAUUUCAGAGAACUACUGAAAAAGAAUGGAGUACACCAUAGAGUAGCCACUCCAUAUCAUCCCCAAACAAAUGGGCAAGCUGAAGUAGCAAAUAGGGAAAUUCAGAGAAUUUUGAGAAAAAUAGUUAGACCAGAUAGGAAAGAUUGGCCCACGAAAUUACAAGAUGUAUUAUAGGCUUAUAGAACAGCUUAUAAAAAUCCCAUAGGUAUGUCCCCAUUUCGUUUGAUUUUUGGAAAGCCAUGUCAUCUUCCUAUGGAAAUAGAGCAUAAAGCAUUAUGGGCUAUAAAAAUUUUAUGUAUGGAUGAAAAAUCAGUUGGUGGGCAUAGAAUUUUUCAGCUACAUGAACUAGAGGAGUUGAGGAAUGAAGCUUAUGAAAAUCAUAGAAUAUAUAAAGAAAAAACUAAAACUUUUCAUGAUAAAUACAUUAGCAGAAAAAAAAUUGAUGUUAGACAAAAAGUGUGGUUAUAUGAUUCUAGGCUGAAAUUAUUCCCAAGAAAAUUAAAAUCAAAAUGGAAAGGGCUUUAUGUGGUGGAAGAGACAUAUGAUCAUGGGGCUGUAACGAUUAAAGAUCCUAAAAGUGAUCAUAACUUUAAAGUAAAUGGACAGCAGCUUAAACAUUACAUAGAACAUAAAUGUCUUGCAGAAAAAGAAAUUUAAUUAUUAAAAGAAAUUCAAGAGUAAGAUCAAGGAGUCUAGUUGGAGACAUUAAAUGCAGCGCUGCAUGGGAGACAACUCACGGUUUUUAUUUCAUUCUGUUUGAUUUUUUUUUUAAGCUCUGUUUUUCUUAGAAUUUCACAAUACUUGUUUCUAUAUUUGUUUUUUCGAAAAAGUGCAGGAGGAGUGUAAGAUGAAGUGGAAAAUUAAAAACGAGGUUGAGGUGAUGUCUUUCUGAGCUUUAUCAUUUAUGACAACAUUUUUAAUACUUAACUUUGCAUAUAUGCAUGUUUCACUUGAAAAUUAUAUUUUCUGCAUAUUCUGUUUCGAGUUUUCUGUGUCAUUGAGAACAAUGUCAUUUCUAAGUUGGGGGGUGAAAUAUUCAUUAUUAAUUUAUGCUGUAGGACGAUUAAGAAUAUGUGUUUGCAUUAGAACAGAAACUGAAAAAUUAAAAAAUAAAAUAAAAUUUGGAAAAACUACAACAUCUGUUUUCUGGUUUUUUGUCAGGAACAAUAGACUGUCAAAAACAGCAGACAAAAAAAAGCCCGAAAUUUGAAAUUCUAGAGACCCUUUUCUCACAUUUCAAUCCCCGAGACAUAUGUUACUGAAAUUCAAAAUUACAGCUAUAAAGACGAUAGUUUUGAUUUAUUUUUGACAAAUUUAUUAUUGCUAAAAACAGAACUGAAAAUAGAAAAUAGAACUGUCAGAAUAUCUAAUUUACAAAUUUUUUACAUCAUAUUGCAUGCAUGAAAAAUUAAAUCAAUUAGAUUGAUUGAUACCAAAAGACACUAGGAAGAUUAUUAUUGAGUCAAAAGAAUGAUCUAGUAGCAUGAAAUGUUGGAAUACUCCUUGGAUACAUGAUAGAUAACAUGGAUUUGAUUUUACAGAUUUUCACUUCAUGAUCUUGAUGGAUAGUAUUUACUUGAUUUGAAAAUUUGAUUGAUCAUUUGAGUUUAAUAGAGAUUUUUGCACCCAGAUCUAUAGGACUUGUGAGGAGAAAUCACUUAUUUCGAAAAAAAAAGAGAGAGCAAUGUGAAAAAUCUAGAAAUGAAGAGUACACAUGGAGGGUGUGAGACAUCAUUCUCAUUGUCGAAAAUCGUGUAUAGAAAAACACUUGCUGCAAAAUAAGUGGAUAAAGUGAAAGCCCUGAAAAUUAAAAGUACACAUAGAGGGUGUGAGACAUCAUUCUCAUUGUCGAAAUUUGUCUACAGGAAAAGCUACUUAUCCACUAUAA